CCUUUUAAAACUUGAUUUCUCAAUUACUUAUAUAGUCUUAUGUAAAGGGUGUUCCAAACCCUAAACUCAUCGGCGCUCCUUUCGACUCUCUUUCUCUCUCUCUGCAACGAUGAAGUUUUGGGCUCGUGAAGUUAAAAGUGGUCAACAGUAUGAAGCAAAGAUUCUUGAAGGUUUUUAUUUGAAUAUUACUCAUGUAUCACUUGGUGAAGUGGAUGAAGAGUCAAAGGAGUUUUGUUUGGUGCACAUAAUUGUUAACGGAAAAAAGCUGGUGGUUGCAGCCCUUGACCGCAUGUGGCUUCCAAGCGAAUUCGUUAAUGUGGUAUGUUUCAAAAACUUCCAUAUCUCUCAUACUUUGAGCAAGGGGAGUGUUUAUCUUUACGGAACCCUAGAGGAACUGGAAGAGUCGCCAAAGAAGGGAGUUUAAGACCAUGGUGACGAGUGAUUGAUGAGGGGUUGAGGGUUGCAGAUUGAAGAGUCGUGAGGACUGAGGAUGGUUUCUAAAUUCUAAUAUAAUGCAUGGUGUUUAGUAUAGUAGG